UGACUGGAGCUAACUCGAAGCUUCUCAGGUUAGCAAAUCUGCUAACUAUUAUUAGCCAGUAACCAAGCCGGUUUUUUUUCCCCACCGAUUUACAUUUUUUUUUUUUUAACUCGUCUAACAGCCUUUCAGUUAUGGCUUCCGUUUUAGAUGCUCUUUGGGAGGACAGAGACGUUCGUUUCGACAUAACCGCACAGCAGAUGAAAACUCGGCCCGGUGAAGUGCUGAUAGACUGCCUUGACUCGAUCGAAGACACGAAAGGAAAUAACGGAGAUCGAGGACGACUCUUGGUGACGAACCUGAGAAUUAUUUGGCAUUCUUUGGCCUUGCCCAGAGUGAAUUUGUCUGUGGGAUACAACUCCAUCAUUAACAUCACAACGAGAACAGCAAACUCCAAACUUCGAGGCCAAACCGAAGCCCUCUACAUCCUGACAAAGUCCAACAACACGAGAUUUGAGUUCAUCUUCACCAAUGUGGUUCCAGGAAGUCCCCGCCUCUUUACAUCCGUCAUUGCCGUGCACAGGGCCUAUGAGACUUCUAAAAUGUACCGGGACUUGAAACUGCGAGCAGCGCUUAUUCAAAACAGGAACCUGCGACUUUUACCUCGGGAGCAAGUUUACGACAAAAUCAAUGGCGUCUGGAAUUUAUCCAGUGAUCAGGGGAACCUGGGAACUUUCUUUGUCACCAAUGUGCGGAUUGUAUGGCACGCCAAUAUGAACGAGAGCUUCAAUGUCAGCAUUCCUUACCUCCAAAUUUGGUCUAUCCGAAUAAGAGACUCCAAAUUUGGUUUGGCUUUGGUGAUAGAGAGUUCCCGCCAGAGUGGCGGUUAUGUGCUGGGGUUUAAGAUUGACCCGGUGGAUAAGCUUCAGGAUGCUCUUAAAGAAAUCAACUCGCUGCAUAAGGUAUACUCUGCCAACCCCAUUUUUGGAGUGGACUAUGAAAUGGAAGAAAAGCCGCUGCCGUUGGAAGACGUGACGCUGGAGCAGCCUCCCGAUGAUGUGGAAAUCGAGCCGGACGAGCAGACGGACGCUUUCACUGCCUACUUCGCUGAUGGAAACAAGCAACAAGACCGCGAGCCCGUUUUUUCAGAGGAGCUAGGCCUCGCCAUUGAAAAGCUGAGGGAUGGAUUUACCCUUCAAGGACUGUGGGAAGUCAUGAACUGAAAUAAUAUUCAAUAUUUAUGUAUCAUCGAUGUAGAUUGUUGUGAUUACAGACAUCAGAUUUACAAAACUGUAUAGUAUUGAUCGUUUCUUAUUUUAUAGUUUAUUUAUACAGGACGUAUUUAUUGUGAAGUUACUUGUACAUCUGUAUUAAAAUAAUAUUAUUGGUGUUAUUUAAAAGCAAACAAAAUAUCUUAUACAGUCUAUCUGUGUAUACUGUACAUAGUUUUGUACCUCAUGUCUAAACACAGCACUCAAGUAUUUUAGUAAUGCUAAAAGAGGACAAAGUGUCAUCGCCUAUAGCAGCAGCUGUUCACUCAUUGUGUCUACAAGCUAAUACUGGUCAGCACUGUCAUUGAUUUAUGACUUAAUGUACCUAAAAUGUCAAACGUGAGCAAUAAGUGCUUAAACAAGUCUGACCAAUGUG